AUGGCCACCCCUCUCGGGCAGACCAAAAUCAACAGCCGGGAGAACCCCUUCACUCUUGUCAUGCAUUACAGGCUGAUCUCGGUCUCGGUGCGGCGGAAGAUCGCCAGCACCGUCCUCUUGGCAUAUCGGCUGCUGGCCGCGGCGGCCCUGAUCUACGUGGGGACCUUCUUCUUGGUCUACACUAUCGACGUCACGGAGCUGAUCUUGAAUGCGGUGGCUUUGGCCAUCAUCCUCGACAUCGACGAUCUGCUCUUCGAUGCUUUGGCCACAACUCCAGGGCGGCACCUGGUGAACCAGAUGGACCCCUUGCCCAUGAAGUCCUGGCCCCGUGUCCGUGGUGCGGACGUGAAGUCCAUGACGAUGUUGGUGCUGAUCCCUUUGGUCACGAUGAUCGUCUACAUAAAUAUGCUGGUCCCAAUGGUGGCGACCCUCGACAGUGCGAAGGAUGCCAUGUGCGGAGGGAAUUUGCAGUUCGUGUGGACCACGGACCAGCGCAACGUGAUCCUCCUCAGCCCCACGCAGGGAGACGGCUGGGAAGAUGGGGGGUACGAGCUGCAGUCCAAAGCCGUCGAUGAAGCCGAAAUGCUGAGCCUCGGUGAUGCGAGCUCCGGAACUGCUUGGGGCGUUUGGCUCGGCAGCGUGGAUGUGCUGACGGAGACCUCGAUUUUACCCUUGGAGCAGUCCGUGGAUGUCUUCAACCCAAGGUGUGCCGACUUGGGGGACACGGAGCCUUUGAGGAACUACCUGCGUGAAUUUCUGGGCGACGAGAGCCUGAUGGGCUGUGGCGACGCUCGGCCCUACUGCGGGUUGAUGGAUGGGA